GGAAGAGACGACUGCAUCGAACAGUAUUCAGUGGUCAUGGAGAGAUUGUCCACAGGCAGUGAGCAUGUCAGACAGAGGGAUUGUGGAAAAAAACAAGAGAUGGACGACAAACAGGGUGGGAAACUACAGGUGAAGCAGCGGACCACAGAUGAAGUGUCAACAGACCAGAAGGUGAUGGCAGGAGAGGCUUCAGACAGGAGGAACAUCUGGGAGCCGAGUGUUUACUACGCACUGGGGAAGGAGUCUUUUUAUUUUGCUGGUCAAGACAUAAGCAUCCGAGAGUCUAUGGAUACUUACGGUGCUCUGAUCUGGCCCGGGGCGAUCGCUUUGAGCCAGUUCUUGGAGAAUAACCAGCAACAAGUGAACCUGAUGGACAAAGCAGUGCUGGAGAUUGGAGCUGGAACCGGCCUGCUCUCAAUAGUGGCCAGUCUGCUUGGUGCUUGGGUAACGGCGACUGACCUGCCAGACAUCUUGUCUAACCUGACCUUUAACCUUAUGCGAAACACCAAGGGCCGGUCCCGCUACACCCCUCAGGUGGCCGCUCUUACCUGGGCUAAGAACCUGGAGCGAGACUUCCCCUACCCGUCCUACCGCUACGACUACGUGCUCGCAGCCGACGUGGUCUAUCCCCACGGCUGCCUCGAAGAACUGCUGGAAACCAUGCGUCACUUUUGUCGACCAGGGAGUCGAACGACGCUGCUGUGGGCCAACAAGAUACGCUUCGAGUCAGACUUGAGGUUUACAGAGUGCUUUGAGAGCAGUUUCAACUCCAUUCUGCUCGCUGAACUCCCGCAGGAGGAGGUGAGGAUAUACAAAGCCACGGCAAAGGAGUGACAGAGGAGCUUUGGGAGGUGGAGAUUCCUGAGAGGUUAAAGGUCCAGUGUGUAAAAAAAAAGGGGGCUAUAUUGGCACAAAUGGAAGGUUUUCAUUACUCUAAGCCUUUAAUAUAGGGAGUGGGUCCUUGUCUAGAGAAUUUUGCCAUGUUGCACCGCCAUAUUUCUACAGAAGUCAAGUUGGACAAACUAAACACCAGCUCUCGAUAAGGUCAUUCGUGUUUUCACGCCAGACUCUCUCCGAUAAGUGUUGGAAAACACUGUUUUCUGCUCAUUGCAGACAGGCCACGCAUUGUUCAAGAAACACUGACUUGUAAUGUGAAACUGCGUUAUUCAGUGUUCUUACUGGUUUGAAUCAUUUGGUCUGUUCGUUUUGCAGAGGAAGGAACCUCAACGGAUAAUUCGGCUCCUGAUAAAAAAAAAACUCCUGAAU